AAAAAUUAUUGAUAAGCACGUAGUUGAGCUUGAAUUUUGGAAAAACUUUCGUAGUUCGAGUUGAAAAUAAGAAUUAUGAAAACGAAAAUUUGAAAGCUAAUUGUUGUGUAAAUAAUUUAAAAUUUUGAUGUAGAGUUGUUCACUCGGACCAAUUCAGAAUUUCAAAUCCUUCAAUUUUAUACAUACUGAUGAUUUAUUGAAAAAUUUUUCAUUCGAAAUUUCAGCAAUCAACACUGUACAAAGCUUACAUAUCACAUUCCUCAUCCGUUCAAAACUCGUGCAAUGGAUUUUUUCGGUAGCUUGAAAACCUUUCUGUACAACCAUAGAAGAAAAUUCCUCAUCAGUGGCAUAGCUGUUGGUGGAGGAGUUGCAUUAUUCAACUAUGUACGUUACCAGUUACAAAAACAAGAAAAGCUCGAAGCGACCGAAUUUUUCGAGACUAUUCGUCGUCAGAAACAUUUCGAAUCUUUGGAAAUCACUUGUCACCAAACCAUCAUCAAUUUAGGAAACCGUUUGCAAAAACAGAUUCUACAACUGCUCGAUAUAGAUGCGAUUGUUUCACAGCUGAAAUCUAAACCAGCUGACAGUUUGAAGUUAUGGCAAGAUUUGAAAUUAUACACCUUCACCGAAAUUUGCCUUAUGGUUUACGCUCAAGUACUGUUGGUAUUAGUUUUAAAAGUACAAUUUUCAAUCAUUGGAGGCUACAUGUACAAAAAUCUAGACCGUGCAGAUAACAAAGAGAUAAAUGAAAGUACCAACGAGCAAUAUCUCUCUUUAUACGUCAACUUUCUAAAGACUGGCCUACCUAAAUUACACGAUUACGUGAAAGUCAAAGUUGCAGAUAUCGUAACCAAUAUCGACUUGAAGCAGAAACUAUCCGUUCAAAAUUUACAAGAAAUUUUUUGGUCUAUACAAACGUCCAUCAAUACCGAAGAAUUCAUCAGGAAUAUUCCUAAUUUUUUAGUCAUCGAUGAUCAGAUAGAGAAAACCUCUGAUCCUAUCCUGAAGCAAAUCUAUGACGAAACAGCUGAUGUACUUUCUACUAAAGAACUCACCUCUCAUUGCGUUAAUUCGUUACUUAAUUCCGGAUUCAUGUACGCUAUUGAUCAACUUUUACACGCGUUCACUGAAAGCGCAGCUGAUAAGCACCCGAACCGAGAGGAACCACUGAAAUUUUUUUCGUUACCGAUAGUUAAAAUGUUGCCUGUUAUUCAUAAUACCAUUAAGAUGAAAGAAAACAAGGUUUGGUUGAAAAACUUAAUUCUUUCUGAUAAAUUACAGAUUCUAGCGGCAAACGUUUACGAAUCGUUUUGCUGAUUUGAUGUAUUCAGUCGGUGAUCAGCUCUCCUUAUUAAUUCAUAUUUGUAUCUACUUUGUAAUUCAAUUAUCAUUGUUACGUUGAAAGGGAAUUUUUAUUUUGUAAGUGUUUCUUAUGAUUGGGCUCAUACGUAUUUGAUUUUUUUAUUCAGUGAAAUCAUAUUGUUGUGAAGGUACCUACUAGUUAAAUUGUUUAAAAUUUAUUGUGAUUUUUUUCCUUGGUUACUUGUUAAUAAUUUUUCAUCUACAAACAUUGUUUUUUUUUUCAUGACGUAUUCACAUCAGCUGCAAAUUGAUUGGAGAAUUAUAUCAGCUAAUGGAUUAUGCUUGUUUAAAAAUUACGCAGUAGAAAUUUUAUACACUUUUUUUCAAAUAAAUUACUAUUUUGUA